AUGAACAGUGCUGUUGUAGAAGUGAGCGCGCAGUUUCGUGUUCUUGGUCUUCUUCGCUACAUUCUCGAUGCUCUUGAAAGCUCAUGUAGAAAACCUUUCACUGCAUUUCCUCUCGACUUCUGGAUCCGUGCUAAAGAUAUUGUUUUGAGAGUAAUGAAUACCAUUCGUAACGAUGGCGUUGCACCAAAGGAUCCUGAACAGAAUGAUAUUGCCCAAUUCACCGAACCACCAAAGAAAAUCACUUUCGACGACUUUCUUGUACGACACCUCGGUAAUUUUGGAAGAUAUCAAUUUAUUCAGUAUAUUCUGCUGUGUAUUCCGAAUUUAUUCGUCGCCAUGCAUGUGAUGAGUUGGACUUUCGUGGGUCUUACAUCAGAAGUGAUUUGCGACAACAGUACAAUCAUGGAAAAUUGCACAACCACCAGAUAUUCGGCUGUUGACAGAUGGCCUGUUGUCGAAGAACAAUCGUGGAUCAAAGGGGUCGUACAGGCGUUCUAUUAUGUCGGUCAUAUGGUAGGUUCGAUAAUAUGCGGAGUUAUGAGCGAUAGGGUUGGCAGGAAACGAAUGUUUUACCUAGCGAUUGUGAUCGAAGUAAUAAGUGGUAUAUUGUUGACAGUGGCUCCAACGUGGUGGCUAUAUGCAAUCCUAAAGUUCGGCACCGGCUUCACACAUCCAGGACUUUACGCGAUAGCUAUUGUGAUAGGGACUGAACUUGUUGGACCAAAUUACAGGAAGAUUGUUGCAGUUGGGACUGCGACUUCCAUAGCUAUAGGAGAGAUGAUUCUGGUGGGGUUGGCCUACCUCAUAACUGACUAUCGACUUCUACAUGCAGUGAUAGCACUACCAUCCCUUCUCUUGCUUGUUUACUGGUGGUUGGUGCCGGAAAGUAUGCGAUGGCUUGUGACUAAGGAGCGAUACGAAGAAGCAAAUGCUAUAAUGCAAAAGGCUGCAAGAAUAAACAGAACAAGUGUGCCGGACAAGUGGUGGGAGCAGCUUGAAAAGAAACACAAAACUAAGGACAUUUCUUAUGGCAUUGUAGACCUUUUCCGUACACGAAGACUACGUAUAAGAACACUAGUCUGCUUCUUUGCAUGGCCCGUCAAUGCGAUGAUAUAUUAUGGAUUGACGAUGAAGAGUGAUAUCGCCGGUGGCGAUCUAUACAUUAACUUCACUAUUAGCGCAGCUAUAGAGAUUCCUGCUAUUCUACUUGUCUAUUUCUUCAUCGACCGUGUUGGACGACGAGCCAUGGUCGCAGGCAGUUUCUUAAUUGCCGGAAUUUGCCUCCUUCUCAACUGGCUUAUUGGUGACAAUGUAGCGCUGGUUUGGGGAAUGCUACAAAUAGUUAUUACUAAAGGAGCAGCUACGGUAGCUUUCAUUGCUAUUUACACAUUCACUGCUGAACUAUUUCCAACAGUCAUACGGACUACAGCUGUGGGAUGUUGUUCAAUGAUAGCACGCUUUGGAGCUGUAAUAUCGUCGUUUUUGGCAUUGUGGCUGGUUGAAGCUCAAGGGAGACUCUCCAUGGUGAUUCCACUAGCGGUAUUGUCAUUAAUUGCGGCUGUUCUAAUGGCGGUGCUUUUACCAGAAACUGUGAACAAACCUAUGCCGGAGACCAUCUCUGAUGUGGAAGCAACGAGGAUCUAA